AAUGUCAUUCAUUGUGCUUAUAAUCCAGCUUUAACAAACUAAUGGGACCACCUUAUAUAUCGUUGAUUAAAUCUCUUGCAAUCAUUUGCAACCUGACUAUAAUACAGACGUGAUAUUGAUCAAAUAUUCUUGUUGCUAAGUAAUAUCUACAGUUCCAAAGGUGAUAAAAAAAAGCAGUUCAAUUCGCUUGACGUUUUAUAUCCAAAAAGUCAGAGGUGACAAUUUAUUAUAAAUAGAUAUUUUUACAAUAAGUAUUAAUUUUAUAAGCAAGUAAACCAUUCAAAUAUGGCUCCUAAUUUAAAGACAAAAUCAUGUGAAAAGACUAUUAAAAACAGUAAAUAUGAAAACACGAAUACCCAAAAGAAUGCUAAAUGGUGGUUGAACGCAUUUGAAAUAUUGGAAAAAGACAUAAAAACCCCAGACGAACAUAAAUAUUCAUUUUUAAAACACUUACUUCCUCCCAUAAUACUCAAUAAAGUAAUGAGAACCAGAGAUAUUCCAUUGAUAGAAGAAACAACUGAUGAUAUGAAGACCGCCGAGACUAUCAAAUCAGAUAUUGAUGAUACCGUAGAAUCUUUAUUCCAAACAGUACGUACAGAAGAGGAAAAAGAUUUAUGCAUGCAAUUUGAAAAACUCUUGGGUAUAGUUCACAAAAAGAAAAAUGUUUAUGUAGAUUUUUUUAAACGCAAACCAGGCAGAGCUGCCAUAUGGAGGGAUCUUCCCCCGUUAGAAUGGAGGGAAAUGAAGCUUAGCGAAAUGGCGGAAGCCGUAACGCAAGCAAUAGCAACAGAUUUUGUUAAUUGGUUAGAUUCGAUGGGCGGUACAGUGGGAGAAGGUCUAAAUGUCGAAAGCAUUAAAGAUAUGUUUCAAGUGGGAAGUAGUGCUUAUGGUGCCGGUACGGUAUGCGUAGAAGUGAAAGAAUUAUCCGCCGUUACUCAAAAACAAGCAGAUUCCGUAGGACUACCGGAAUUAUCAAGAAAAAACUUUCUACGCGAUCAAAUAAGAAAAGAUCAAAAGGCUUCUAGUAUGAAACCAAAAAUUAGCGCUUUCGGAACUCAAUUACCGUCUUAUAUGCAAAUAAAACCACCGCCGAAGGAUUUUUAUAAAAAAUGGUUACGUUGCGAAAAAAUUCCCCCAAAAUUAGAAAGUAUGGCUACAGUUUGGGAAGGAAUAACUCACUUAAGAUCGACUCGAAUGUUUUGCGAACAUUUAUACAGGGAGUGUCCGAACAUCAAAGCUCCAAGAUAUUUAUACGAAACGGGUUUAAUGAAUCCCAAAGUAUUUACCAAAUACUAUACGGAUGCCGAAAUGAAUGCACUGGAGUUACAGAAAAUUGCGUAAAGUACAAAGUAAUCAAAAUAGAAAAAUAAAAAA